AUGAAUACACCAGUCAUCGCAGUACAUGGAGGAGCGUGGGCUAUACCAGAAAACAUGAUAGCUGAUACCAAACUUGGUAUUCAGGACGCUUUAAGGGCAGGAUAUCAGGUUUUACAAUCCGGAGGGACAGCUUUAGAAGCUGUCCAAGCUGCUAUCAUCAAGAUGGAAGAUGACCCAAACUUUGAUGCAGGAAAUGGAUCAGUUUUGACCUAUGACGGUGAUGUAGAAAUGGAUUCAAUGAUAAUGGAUGGAAGUACGAUGAAAGCUGGAUCAGUUGGCUGUGUAAACAGUAUAGCAAAUCCUAUCAAAUUAGCUACCCUGGUUAUGGAAAAGACAGACCAUGUGCUGUUAGUUGGUGAAGGUGCAAAUAAAUUUGCUAAAGAAAUGGGAGUACCUCGAGUAGAAAUAGAGUCGUUAGUCAGUCCUCAUGCCAAGGAAGAGUGGGAGAGGAAAACAGUUGGUCAUGAUACAGUGGGAGCUGUAGCUGUAGAUUCAAUGGGAAACGUUGCCUCUGGUACAUCAACAGGGGGAAUUACAGCUAAACGUCCAGGUCGUGUUGGUGAUACACCUUUAGUCGGUUGUGGUGGGUAUGCUGAUAAUGAAGUAGGUGGUGUUUCUACAACUGGUCAUGGUGAAGGUAUUAUCAAAGUCUGUCUUGCUAGACAUAUCACAUUCUUAAUGGAACAGGGUUUAUCUGCUCAGGAAGCUAGUGAGAAAGCUCUAGAGAAUAUGUAUAAUAAAGUUGGUAGUUCUGGUGGAGUUAUUGUGAUCAGUAAAGACGGUGGUGUUGGACAAUAUUUCACUACAGAUAAGAUGGCUCGUGGUUGGGCCAAAGACGGACAGAUAUAUUGGGGCGUUGCAAUGGACGAUAUUCAAUCCUGUCCAAUUGUUCUAGAUCGUUGA